AUGCUGUGUAAGCCAGCUGUCGCCGUUGCCACUCUCUUGCACCUCAUCAUGCCCGCGGUAGCGGAAAUCGUCUUUUGUGGUGGGGCUCCUGCUGAUGGUAGUUGCCCUGCUGGCAAGGGUGACAAGCGCAAGUGUGAAAACGUCUGUAGUACUUGUAGUCACUGCUACGGGGGCAAUGCGCCAGACCUGGGUGCAACAUGUUGUCUGCAGGAUGAUGGCACUUACAAUGUCUUCUGCUACAGAACCGGCAAAAACAACUGCAAGACAUGA